UACUAUCUCUGCUCGCGUAUCGCCCUUUCAUACCAUGGCGCUCGUCUCUGGUCCCGGUCGUGGUGGCAUGUCCGACAUGCCCGUUGAAAUGCGGCUGUUCGUCGAUAAGCAUGUUCGCUACAUUCAGAGCCUCGACACCCGUAAAGACGAGCUCGAGUACUGGCUCACCGAACACCUACGUCUAAAUGGUUUGUACUGGGGACUCACCGCCCUCCAUCUUCUAGGACAUCCGGAUGCUCUACCACGCGAUGAGGUCUUGGAGUUUGUGCUCUCGUGCUUGCAUGAUAACGGGGGUUUCGGUGCUGCACCAGGCCAUGAUGCGCAUAUGCUCUACACUGUCAGCGGUGUACAGAUCCUCGCCACUCUGGAUGCUUUCGAUGAGCUGGACAGGCGCGUCCCGGGUGGUCGCCAAAAGAUCGGACAGUUCAUUGCAGGCUUGCAGGAUCCAGAAACCGGUACAUUUGCUGGCGACGAGUGGGGAGAGCGAGACACACGAUUCCUCUAUGGUGCACUGAAUGCAUUAUCGCUCAUGAAGUUACUUCAUCUAGUCAACGUCGACAAAGCUGUCGAACACAUCCAGUCAUGCGCCAAUUUCGAUGGUGGAUAUGGUACAAGCCCAGGAGCCGAGUCUCACUCGGGUCAGAUAUUCACGUGUGUGAGUGCUUUGACCAUUGCUGGAAGAUUGGAUCUAGUAGACCAUGACAAGCUUGGAGCGUGGCUCAGCGAGAGACAAUUGAAAAACGGUGGCCUCAAUGGCAGACCUGAGAAGAAAGAGGAUGUCUGCUACAGUUGGUGGGUGAUGAGCAGCCUCGCCAACCUCAAAAGGCUGCAUUGGAUUGAUGGCCGGAAAUUAACAGAAUUCAUCUUACAGUGUCAGGAUCCCGAACUGGGCGGCCUUGCGGAUCGCCCCGGCGACAUGGUAGAUGUGUUUCAUACCGUCUUCGGUAUCGCUGGUCUGAGCCUCCUCAAGUACCCCGGGCUUGCUGAGGUCGAUCCCACUUAUUGUAUGCCUCGUGAAGUAACUCGGAGAUGUUUGGGCAAGUAGGCACAUGGUACACAGAGUUUAUUAUUCUGGCACACACAAACAUAAUUGGUUACAGCACAGUCCUACAACUGUUGGAUAUUACCAUCUCGCAUAGCAUAAAAAGAUAUAAAUGCUCCCGUAAGGUUAUGUGAACCCGCUCGUAGGCCGUCGACCAGUGGUACAAAUACCUAGGUACUUAGGUACUGAUUCCUCGAUCACCUUAAGAUUUGAAGCCUCUGGGUAGUGGACAGUUGCUAUUACAUUUCCAAGAGCUAGUUCAUCACUAACGCUAUUAUGCCAAACAUUAAUCUAGCCCUCAUCGAUGGGUUGCCAAAUACAAAGUCUGAGCGGAGCGAAUAGUCUGUGUGGUUUGUAGAUGCCCAGCCUUUCCCACGUGGCUGGCCUACCCAAUCCCGCAAAUCACAAAAUGCUCUUCCUUCAAGUAGAGAACUUCUUUCUUCCCUUUCCU